AUGCUUCCUUCCUGACCAGCAACGAAUAAGUAUGGACUGCAAAUUUUGGUAAUGAACGUCUUCAGCACACUCAACGUUUGACCGGACACAGCACAGUCUUCAUCGGCAUUGUAUUGGCCCGUCGAUCGCAUUCAAUUAUUGGCACCGAGGGAGCAACCUUGGCCAAGGUCAUCGAACGCUUGAGCCUCAACCCGGCGCGUUGCACGUUUCUAUUACUCCGGCCAACAUUCUAUCGCAUCCAUUGAACUGCAGGGAUGGCCGCUCCGGCUUCGAACGCGCCGAAUGCAGGCAACACGGCGUCCGGACGACGAAGACGAGGGACAUCAGUGUCGAGCGUAGCGCAAAGCGUCGUGUCCGCGACGGAACGAGUUCUCGAUAGCGAUCUCCCACCAGGCUUUCUCGCGGCGACCGCAGAAGCUACGAGCAAGGCGCCAACGAUUGGAGAGAUCAGAAGUGGAGCGCUCGCACAACCCGAUACAGUGACACGAAGCAGAAGUGUGAGCAACAGCAGAAGACAUGCGAGGCUGUCGCGGGGAUCAAGAGACUCUACAAGACCGACUCAAGAGCAUGAGCAACAUGCGUCGUCGCCAGGGCUAGAGCCUUUUCCGCCUUUGGCUGAAGAGCCGACGAAAGUCAGUUCAAUUGAGAAGCCGGGCCUCUUGGAACGAGAAGAGACGCGAGAAGAGACGCCCUCUAUCUCGAUCAAGAAGCAGGAAUCUAUCGCGCCUCUGAGCCACGCAGACAGAGCUCGGUCAUCGGGAUACAUCCCGCCUCAGAAAUUACCGUGGACGACUUCUACAGCGAACGCUCUCGUGGCAUUCUGGAAAUGGUUCAUCACCCCAUUCGGCUUCCUUGUGACGCUCUAUGGGCUCAAUGUUGUAGCGUGGGGAGGAAUGCUCUUUCUCUUGCUUUGCAAUGCUAGUCCAGCAAUGUGCUACGCUCCAGAUCCGAAAAAUCCUGGACAAAAGUAUUUCAACUGCAACGACAUCGAUAGUCCACGCCGAAAAUGGAUCGAAUGGGACAGCCAGAUUCUCAACGCGCUCUUCUGCGUCACAGGUUUCGGACUGGCACCUUGGAGAUUUCGAGAUCUGUGGUAUCUUAUGAAAUAUAGAUUUACGAGCGAGAAGAAACAUGGCUUGGAAAAGAAAAUGUAUGGUCUGCGAAAGCUGGGUGCGUAUUACAGAGGGUGGUUCCGGCUCCCGGGACAGACAACGCUGGAUCAAAUGACAAGCCAGGAAUACAUCCGAUCACUCGCGGCAUCUUCCCCGGACAGCUUGGAGGCAGCAAUGUCCACGAAUCCGGCAUUCGACCCACGACUCCCUAUCCCGGCAGUGAAAGCGCCUGCACCACCCUUGACCGGCGUGCGAGCGCCAGAUACAAAACUGUGGAAAGUUGACUUCUUCAUCUGGAUGCAAGUUUGGAACACAUUCUUUCAAUGCUGCCUGUGUGGUUUCAUGUGGGGAAUGAACCGAUAUGACCGUCCAUCCUGGAGUACGGGCCUUUUUGUUGCCUUGGCGUGUGGUGUUGCGGGAAUCGGCGGGCUUGUGAGCUUUCUUGAAGGAAAAGCAGUGAAACGAGUGGAAGGCCAGGCUCCUACCGGUGUAGCAGGGCAGACCGACGAAGAGGUGGACCUGACUGUUCAGAGAAUAGUGACUGGGAGCGAGGCCGUUGAGCCGAAGAUGGCUAAAUAAUUUGAUCUUCAGGCUGUAAUGAGAAGCGAUGACAUUGGGCUACGAUAUAUAUCUGUGUACAGAACUCACCUUGGGUUGAGGAAGACGACAGAAAUGUCAAUAUAUUGAUUC